AUGUCUUUGCAAAAUCUUCCGACCGAACUGUUAGAUCAGAUCUGCAGCCAUCUAGAGACGCGCGAUUUGAACUCACUUCGACUUACAUGCGAGGAAUUAUUACAAGAAUUUCAAAAGUUUUAUGGUGAUCAUCACCACGGGACAAUAUACAUGAUUGUCACAAGUGACGCACUCCGGCAGCUGCAACAGAUUGCCUAUCAUGAAAUUUUCAGGACUUGCGUUAAGAAACUUAUCAUUCUACCAAUUCUCUUCGAUGAUCACAAGCGAUUAUCAGAAGCCCGGUUGUUAGCCGAGUUCUCUGCGCGUAUUUCAUGCCGACCUGAAGAGCGAGAUGAUCUUCUCAGGAACCUGUACGAGGUACACGAAGCCAUAAUAACAGAUCACGAACUUGCUCUUAACUCGCUGUGA